AUGACCUCAACAGCAGCUCCAACAACGACUACAAGUGCUCAAUCAACAACCACAUUAUCUCCAACAACAACAGCAGGAGCUCCAACAACAGCAGCUGCUCCAACAAUGACAACUGCAUCAACAACCACAGCUCCAACAACAACAACAGCCACAGCUGCUCCAACAACCACC